CAAAUCUGCCAACAAAUGUGCUAAGAGAUCUCCUUUCUAGACUUCAAAUACCUUGUACAGUACUGUUCCUGAAAACCUUCGUCUGUAUACAUAGAAAGUGGAGAGGAUUGAUGGGACUUUGAGCAAGCUCUCCUGUACAACUUGGACGGUUGAUUCACUUCAAAUUUCAAGCAAAGACAGUUCCAGCAAAGGAUGUUCAAGAAGAACACAUCUCAGCCCUAAUUGCGUAUUCGAAAGUAGUAUACGGAAUCUCAGACGGAGAGCCAUAAUAUUGCAAGCUCUAUAUCAUGACGUGAAUCCAAAAGUGGAGUCUGGAACUGACGAACAUGGUCUCUGGAGUUUUGAAGUGCCAAGUCAGUCCAGUUGCUGAGCUGAAAGGAGGUACGAUGAGCUUCCUCAGCUUAAUGAACAGGUUCACUAGAUACAACCUUAUGUAGAUCUCGGGGCUCGCGAAUGUCCAACGGAACUAGCUCUCCCGAUUGCAGCAUUUCAUAAGCUCUCCUCAGGGAUUCCAAGGUUUUCACAUUUUCUCUGUGAGCAUCCGGUUUGCACGACGAGGGCUAAUAAUGGCAAUUAGCACCCCACUGUCAAGCCAGUUGAUCAACUAGCUACACAGCCGUCACGUUCCUCGAACCAAUGGUAAAGGGUUGCAACAAAUCUGUCCACAAUUUCACACACGGAAGGCUACAAAUUCCCGUCACUUGCUACAUUCAGUAUCGAGAAUAGGCCAGAGCAUAUCUGCCGUGGUAUUCAGCCGGCUCUGAACGUGGAUCAACAAACAACGAAGACAAAACAAACUUCCAUCCAUGUCAGAGAGAGUGUCACACAUGCGGUAGGGUUCUCCGGAAUAGUGGGUAAGAAUCGCUCCGGUGCCUGAACUGGAAAUGUUCAAAUUCCUCCUCCAGCGACAUUAUAGCUCCGGUAGAUAGUAGGUGCUGUAAAUGGUUGGAUAUCCGGCGCACCGAAGGGUUUGCAGAUAUCCGGUGCAACACAGAGCUCCCUCGCAUCAAACCCUUGUUGAUCACUGAUAUGUCGAAGGCAGAAGCGAGUGGACCUGGUAACAUCGCGAAGAGGUGGCCUUAUCAGGACGUGAAAGUCAGCACACGUCAGACUUACUAUUAUUUUUUGUUUUUACCCCGCGGCUUCGUUUAAAAGGAAUGUGCGGAGUUUUCAUUUUGUCCAAUUUCUUUUCAGUUUAUUGUGCCUAAAAAAAAUCCUGCUUUUAGCGAUCCAGCUUCGCGCUGGAGAAGCCAGAGGCCAGGCCGAGCCGAGCGAUUGAGUAGGAAGUGGCCUUCAUUUGAUGGAGAAAUCGUCCCAAAUUAGGAUCCAAGCGGAGGGAGGAAAUCCUUAGCAAGUUGAAAGGCUGAGGAGCAGAUAUAUCUGCGGGCUUGUGCGUGGUUGGUGGUGGGAGUGUAGAGAAUAUGCACGAAGGAUGUAAUAUGUGGAAGUAGAAACAGGGGCAGAAGUCACGGAGGGAGGGAACGGACGAUUGUGUAGGGUCGUAGAUGCAUACUUACGAUCUCGCACUGGUUUACAAUCUUAGAGGAGAGGUUGAUUGCUGGUUCCUUUGGUGCAUUUGAGGUCGAUCAAUGAUUAUAUCGUCUUGUAACAUUAUCAUUUUUCUGUCCUGGCAUCGGGCGUGUGUGCUCUUGCUGCUGACAUCGGCGUCGACUUGUGCGCUGGUUUUGACGAACCCUGGGGAUAUCUUACCUCUAGUACGAGGAGAAACCCUAUUCGAAUGCGGGAAGUUGGCAUGGCAGCAAAAUGCCCCACAGCAAUCUAAGCCUCCGGGGCAAGUUCAGGAUUCGCACCGUGCAGCGGGAGAACGAGAGAGAAUUUGUGUUAGCAGGUGAACGAUCACUAGGGACAGAUUUCUUAGGCUUUCCAGAGCGGAGGAACGUUUGCGGAGGAAAAAUAAGGCGAAUAUUUAGUAGGUUGUGAAAGUACAGGGUGGCUGAAAUAGGGGCGUGAGAGUGCAGAAUGUGCAUUCUCUGUGUGGCGUCAAGGUGGUCCCGGCGCAUUGUUACGAUGCUGCCUUGGCUCAUCAUCCCCCUCAUUAUUUUAUGGGCGCUCUCUCAGUUGUUGCCUCCUGGAUUCCGUUUUGAGGUGACUUCUCCAAGAUUAGCCUGUGUAGGUGUGUUAUUAAUUAGUUUGGGAUGGUACGAGCUUGCAAUGCCGCGCUUGUCUAUGUGGCGUGCAAGACGUAGUGCUCUUCUGCGAGAAAGAAGAAGGAUCGAAGCACAGGAAGCUGCGAAAUGGCGCAAGGAGGCAACCAGGCGGUGCCGCAACUGCCUCUCAGCAUACCGCGACCAGACACCUGGUGGUGGGAGAUUUAUGUGUACAUUUUGUGGGCAUGUUUCGAAGAGGCCAGUUCUGGAUGUGCCAGGAGCCUCAGCAGGGGUGGGAAUUACGGGAGGAAUGGCCCCAGGCGGGCCGUUAGGAGCUAUUCAGCCUACAAAUGGUGCUGGAUCAGUACCAGGAGGUAUCUUUGGAUCAAGAAGCUCACGAGGAUGGGGUGGAAGGGGCUGGCCUGAAAGAGGAGGCUGGGUGUCAGGGGGCAGAGGCUGGACAGGAAAUAAGGCAUGGGCUGGAGCACCGGCCGGUGUGGGAUGGGGAAGCGCGAAUGGGUCUUGGGGUGCAACGAAUUGGCCGGGAAGGAGUUGGGCAGGUGCAGCAUAUUGGGGAGGAGGAGCAGGGGGUCCGACUGGUGGUGGAGUAGGCGUUGGAGCAGGCACCUGGGCAGGUAAUGGGUAUGGUGGGGGUAUUUUUGCAGGAGAGAGCUGUGUGGCAGGCGAGGCUCAUCAGGGUGGCCUUUUCUUUGCCCUUUACAAGGGUUUUUCAUUCGUCUUUUUUUGUUUAAGAUGGGUGUGGAGAAAGCUGUGGAGAGGAGAGAGACCCGGGGAAGAUGGAAGCGUGAAUGGAGGUCGGAGAGGUGGACAAAGGAAAGGGGACGAAGGUGGAGUGUCUCAAGGAAGCAGGGGUGACAAAGCACGAAGAAAGGCCGAGGAGAAGCGACAGGCACGGCUUGAAAGGGAGCAACUUGAAGCAGAAGAGAGGAGGCAACGAGAAGAAGUAGCACGCCUUGUAGAGGAAAGACGAAGGCAACGUGAUGAAAAGCUGGAGGCUGAGAAGGAGAACGAAAGAGAAGCUGCCGCUGAGCGUGAGCGAGAACUUAGGAGAGAACGGGAUGCAGAAAAACGACGACUAGAAAAGGUCAAGGAAAAGGAUAAGGAACUGGCAAAGGAAAAGUCGAGGGACACCGACUCAGAAGACUCGAAGAAGAAAAAAGAGAAGGAUCACCCGGACAAGAAGAGUGAUGGGGAGAAGCGUGUAGAGGUUGAAAAGAAGCCCAGUUCUGUGCCAAAUGGUGAGGUGAAGAAACCUUCGAAAAGUUCAAGAGGAGGAGGUGUAGAAUUAGGGUGCAAGGGGAAUGACCUCCCGGUCAAAGCAGGACCUGGAGUUUGUGGGAAAUCUGGGAGUACGAGAUACUUAGGUCCAGUGAAGGGAACAGGUGUGUCGUCCCUGAAGAAUGGAGUUGCUCACCAAAAUAAUACAUCAUUUUGGGGCAAGGGAUUAACAGGGGGUUUACAUCCAGGAAGCAAGGCUCCUAAAGCUGCCUCCCUUUCCAAUUCUAAUCAACCUGCGGGAAGUAGUGCAUCAGGGAUUUCAAAUGGAAAGCUGACAGACAGCUCAUACUCUCCGUGGAAUAGGAUGCCUUGGACUAAGGUUUGGGGAAAAAGUAGUCAAUGUCCAAACGAGAGUAGCGUGGCGCCACUAUCAGGACCCUCGAGUUUGAGUGCGAGGCCGGAUGUUGUCAAUCAGACAGGUGGAAAACCCCACAUGAAUGGCUCCAGUGGGAGUAGUGUCUCUGACCUGCCACAUUCAACUGUGGAUGCGAAACAGCAGGCUCCGGUUUCUUCUCAGUCAUGGCAACGCCUUUUUUCAAACAACAACGCUCCAUCUCCACCUUCAAGUCUCGAAACUCACCAGGAGCCUAAGCAGCCUGUGGAGCAUACAAAGUCCUCUGUAGAUACCCCGAGUGCUCCUUUGGAAUCACACACCACUCUGAUUUUUGGCCAUGGUCUUCAAGGAUCUAUAAUCACGCAACCCUCAUGUGUGGUCGCUCCUGUCGGACCACCUGUACAUUCAUCUGCUCCUUCCACUGUACCAACUUCUUCACCUUCAGUUACAAGCAGUGUCGCUAGUUCUGUCUUCACUCCUGCCCACGGUACUCUUUCAUCAAAAAUGUCUGUGUUGCCUCCUCUUGUGGCUCCUACCCCAAUAGGGAAGCCACUACAAGUACCUGUUCACACGCCUGUAUCUGGCCCUCUGCAUAUGCCUGCUCCCAUUCAGGUGCCAGUUCCCAUAACUAGCCAGAGCCAGACCCAUGUGCCGCAGGACCAACUGCCACAGCUUCUGGAACCUUGGGGGCAACCUCCGUUAUCCCUAGAUGAUCCUAAUGAAGUACAGUCUACAGGGGACAAGUGGCAGAUGUGGGACACUCCACAGUUGGACCAAAGGCAACUGCCCAGCUUGGCAGAACCCCUGCCUUGGAACUAUCUGGGCAAUAGUUUCAUGAACUCACAGAAGGACUCACUAAGGACUCUCUCCCAUUCCUUAGAACCUGAAAACCAGUUGCCGGCCUCCCUUUUCUCUCCACAUCAGCAUGUGGGUGUAGGUUGUAGCAGUGGUGAAUUUUUGACCCCGUUGCCCGUUGGCAAUAGCCAGAGUCUGUGGUCGGAUAAUUCUGCCUUUGAGUCUGCCUUGCGAAUAUGGGCUGAUUCUGAGUCGCUUCAGCGCGUACCACCAGAGUUUGUUGACUGCAUCACGCAAGAGGUCAUGCAGGACCCUGUUAUAACUGCUGAUGGCCAUUCGUACGAGCGUGCAGCCAUUGAAAGGUGGCUCCAGACACAUGAUACAAGCCCUAUCACCGGAGAAGUUUUGCCACCACCGCCUGGCGGUUAUGGAAGUGGUGUAGAUAAAACUUUGCGUCCUAAUCAUAUUCUGCGGGGUCAAAUCAUUGAGUAUCGAGAGAACAUGGCACGUCAAAUUGCUCGAGGGCCUGUGCAGGAGAGUACUAGAGACAACAGCUGGUCGACAGUGGGUGGUUUAGGUCUGGGCAACUCAGCAUGGUCUACAAUGCCAAAUACAGAAAGACCACACAUCGGAAGCAUUUAUACAACUCCGGGUGCACAGUCAGUUUGGUCCUACAAUGGACCUCUGAAUUCAGUGCUGCCUUUGUGAUAUAUACAUUGAAGAGAGAAUGACGUGGCUUAUGAAGUUUCCAUGAAAUGUCGUGAAACAUCCUCCUGUCCUCUGGUCUUCUGCACAAGAGCUAUCUUUGUCUGUCAGGUGGAUGUCACUAUAUAUUAUGGAGUGUCAGUGGAUGAUUAAGGGCGAGUUUGUUAUGUGUCUGGAUGUUUAAGUGAUGUUCAGGUGAACUUUCAAAAUCAGUUCGGCUUUCCUCCG